AACGGUCUUCUGUAGCUCUCUCACCAUUGCUUCAAUCUCUCUCUCUCUCUCUCUCUCUCUCUCUCUCUCUCUCUCAAAUUCUCCGAUCUCCACUCCUGAUUCGUGCCCUAAUCUGGCCGUCUCCGGCGAUUCUCAACCAGAUAUCCGGAAAGACCCGAUUCAUCAAUGUCGGAACCCAAGGCCACGAGUGGCGGUUCCACUCAUGGAGAAUCCAAUAGGGCUUCGCAGAAGGUCGUCACCGUCGGCGACCGGAAAUUGUUCUAUGUGGAGGUCCGUCCUGGAGAGACGACGUAUGUAUCAUGGAAGAAGUUCAUGAAGGAGGCAUGCAAAGUCAAUGGCUCCUCUACGUCGGUACCCGAACCGCCUCCUAGCGCUAACCCUAAUCUCGAGUGCUUGGUACCGGUGCUGCGGUCAGCUGCUAUAACUAUAUUGGGUCACCCAGCAGAAAAUGAAAAGGUUGACCAGCCUAAUCGUUUUAGCGCUGUUAUUGAGAAGAUUGAGAGACUAUAUAUGGGAAAAGAUAGCAGUGAUGGGGAAGAAUUAGAUAGUUCCCCGGAUGAUGAUGAGUAUGACACCGAGGAUUCAUUUAUCGAUGAUGCUGAACUGGAUGAGUAUUUUGAAGUUGAUAAUUCAGCAGUUAAACAUGAUGGAUUUUUUGUCAAUAGAGGAAAAUUGGAGAGGAUCAGUGAACCUUCAGCAACAUCCAACCAGCAGUUGAAGAAAAGGCGAAGAAAAGAGUCAGCAAAACCUGGCGGUGGCGUUACUGAUGUGCCGAAUAAACAAGCCAAGGUGGCUAAGAUGGCAAGGGGAAAAGAUCGGUCAAAGCAUUCGGGGCAAUCAUCGAAAAAAAGGUCUAAUGAUCCAAAGGCAGCACAAGAUUCUUUUUCAUCUUUUAGAGUCCAGAGUGUCAAUGCUUCCUUACCUCUGGAAGAUACAAAGUAUUCCGAUAAAACAAAUCAUGAGUUGAAAAAUGCCGCAAGUCGCAAGGCAAAGGAAGUUGGGUCUUCUGAUGCAUUUCCUCAGAAGUGCCGCAGCAAAAUUGCUCAUCAACAAUCUAAUGCCAUGCCUGUAAAAUCUCCGCACAAUCAUGUGGCAGAAGCAGCAUGUACUAAGAAAGAGAAGAAUGACAUGCAUGACCUGGCAAAUGCAACAGGAAGCAGACACUCUAUUCAAAAGGCUAGACCUUUCUCAGCUCAGAAAAAAGAUAGUUCUAAUGUGAGGCCUAAAACCUCAUUGCUUGAUAAAGCUAUCAGGGAAUUGGAGAAGGUGGUUGCGGACUCAAGGCCUGAGAACCAAGAAGCUGAUACCACAUCUCAGGGUGUUAAGAGGAGAUUGCCAAAAGAAGUAAAAGCGAAGCUUGAUAAAGUCGCUAGAAUAGUGGCAAAAGAAGGAAAACUUUCAGCGGAGUUAAUCAAUCGCCUUAUGAGCAUUGUCGGUCACCUAAUACAGCUUAGAUCACUUAAGAGGAACUUGAAAAUCAUGAUCGAUGAAAGCUUGUCCUUUAACCGGAAGAGAGAUGAUAGAUUCCAAGGCAUCAAGAAAGAAGUUGCUGAGAUGAUAAAGACACAAGUGCCUUUGAUGGAAUCCCAGACAGACGAACAACAAGCUGCUGGAACAUCCUCCGAUUUCCAUGAUGAUGCCGCUGUUGAAAAAGCACCACUAAAGAAGAAGUUUGUCAUGGAUGCCAGAUUGGAGGACAAGAUUUGUGAUCUAUAUGAUAUCUUUGUUGAUGGAUUGGAUGAAGAUGCAGGUCCACAGAUCAGAAAGCUGUAUGUAGAGUUGGCAGAACUAUGGCCCGACCGGUUAAUGGACAAUCACGGGAUCAAACGUGCCAUUUGCCGAGCGAAAGAGAGGCGUAGAGCAUCGUAUAACAUGGAGAAUAUGAAGAAGAUGAAGCAACAGUCGGUACAGAUAUCUGUGCCGGCUGUUGGGUCUGGCAUAGCUACUGUUGAUCCGAGCGCAAGCCCAGGUCUGCCCGACUCAUCUAUGCCCGACGCUUCCCACGACAGAACAAAGCAAGAGCCCGAGAAGCUAAGGGUAAGUACGAGCUCUAGCAAUCCGACUGAAGAAGAAACAAAGGCGGUCAAAAGAAAAGCCGCGCCAAAGUCAGAAGCGGUUCGAGAAGAGUAUCGUCCGUCCCGAGAGAAGCAACUCAUUCUUGCCCUACCGCCUCCACAGACACAGACCACGCUCGAUCUGAACCAGUCAAGUUGACAGUGAUCUCUUCCUCCUCUGAGGUUGUUCUUGAAGAAAACCGGCUGAGAUUUUCCCGUGACAAUAUCUCGAAAAACCCGGCAGUGAUUUUCCAGCGACAGUGCCCGAGGUUGUCUUGAGAAACCGGUCAGAGAUUUGCCGGAGGCAACAAUCCGAUUGUCUCUUUCAUCCUCCUUCCUCCCUUUGCAGGUCGUACGGAAUUAGUAGUAGUUAAGGCAGUAAGCCUAUCUUUAGAAGUUGCCUUUGCUCUAAUUUAGUUUUUUUUUUAAUAUUUUUAUAUACGAAAUAAUAUUUCCUAGUUUUUCUAUGCUUAAUUUUUAGAUAUCUAGUGCCACUUUCCUGUGUACAAAACAUAUCCAUGGCACAUAAUAAAAUGAAUAGUUAUUGUAUUUGUUGUUUUUAUAUGUAAAACAGUUAUGAAUCGAGUGUUGUAUUGUUUUUAUAA